AUGGAGCGCUUGACCAAGGGGUGGGUUCACCAUUUGCGCAAGACGGCCCGCCAGGAGACGGCUGCCCGGAGCAGCUGCCCCUUCUGCCAGGCCGAGAUCCAGGCCGACCUCGACUCCUUCAAAGUCCACGUCCGCGGGGAGCAUCCCACCCUGUCCGAUGACGCCGACAUCGAGGAGGCCUUUAAGAAUGUCACAAUACAAAGUCCCCAAUCACACCCUGCAGCCCGGUCCCCGGAGGCCACCGGCCCCGGCAGACCAACCAGGAAGCGACCCGUCCCCGGUGCUCCGGUCCCCGUGGACCGCGCCGACGGCCUGGACCGGCAGGAGGAUCCCGAGGACCAAUCCGAGGGCUACCAGCGUCGCAGCAACAAGAAGCUCUGCUCUCCGCCAGCCUCGGUGGCCCAGCUCCGCGGCUCCUCCCCACCCACCCCGGGCCGCAGCCGCGCCAGGCCCAGUGACUCGAGUGACUUCAACCGCAGCUUCGCAUCCAAGCACCACCGCCCAACCACUCGCCACCUCUACAACCCUGACGAUGACGCACGGCCAAAGACGCCACAGCCCAGGCACUCCCAGCUCGCCUCCAACCACUCACGGCGCUCGCCGCAGACCAAGACUCUGCGAGGGCCCCAACGGGACUACGGCUCACCCGUGGAGCCUGCUUCGGUGACUGAGAUGAUAAGGCAGCCAGAGACAAGGCCCAUCUCCCCCGAGCAGCUGGUCGCCGAGGUUAAGGGUAUCUACGCCGGCCUGGUCAUGAUUGAGUCAAAGUGCAUCGAGUAUGACAGCACACAAGAGACGAAACAACUCAGUCAAGAACAAUAUCAAGCUCUCAUCGCCUUACAUAGAUCAGUGCUGCACGAGCACCACGACUUCUUCCUGGCGAGCCAGCAUCCGUCUGCUAGCGAAGCCUUGCGUCGUCUCGCUUCGAAAUACGCCAUGCCGGCGAGAAUGUGGCGCCACGGCAUCCAUUCCUUUUUGGAACUUCUUCGGCAUAAGCUCCCGGAGUCGCUGGAGCAUAUGCUGACCUUUAUUUACAUCGCCUACAGCAUGAUGGCACUGUUGUACGAGACGGUGCCGGCAUUUGAAGAUACGUGGAUAGAAUGCCUCGGCGACCUUGGUAGGUAUCGGAUGGCUAUCGAGGAUGAUGAUAUUCGAGAUAGGGAGACGUGGACAGGCGUUUCGAGAUAUUGGUACAGCAAAGCCUCUGACAAAUCGCCCACAACUGGCCGCCUCUACCAUCACCUUGCGAUUCUGGCGCGGCCGAAUGCGCUGCAGCAGUUGUACUUCUAUGCCAAGUCGCUUUGCGUGCCUAUCCCGUUCCCGAGCGCGCGAGAAAGCGUCAUGACGCUCUUUGAUCCUCUUUUGAGCGGCGGAAACCAGCGGCUUGGCCCCGUAGAUGCCGCUUUUGUGCGCGUGCACGGCAUCUUCUUCUCUGGAAAAUCAAAGGAGCAGCUAGAGGGCUCUAUGGAUGAGUUCCUACUCCUCCUUGACGGCCAUAUCCACAGCAAUCACUCCGAUUGGCUUGAAGCGGGGUACUAUGUGGGCAUUUCUCUUUGCUGCUUGUUAUUGGGUUUCGGCGCAGAAUCAAACGUCCUGAUGAGGGCGCUAACGGAGCAGCAAAACGACGAGGAAGCAGACGAUGGUUCUGUGACGGAACCCGAGUUGGAAUCCGUCGACGAAAACUUCGAGCAAGCGUUGUCUUUUGCUGCCCGGACACAGGAGAUUGUCCUGCGGAGAUGGGGUGAUAAGAACACCCUAAGCUGCAUUCACACCACGCUGGUCUUCAUGUUGCGCAUGUCGCGGCUCCCAACCGCCAUGUCCCGCCUUGAAGACCGGUAUCCUUGGAAGCUUACUUCCAUCAUGCUCAACUACCUACUGAAGACGAUAAAGACGGAGCCGAGGGUCGAUACGGAUAAACUACCGGGCCCGGAGAAGGGUGAGGCGCCUAUUCCCCUGCCAGAGGACUACGCGCUCCGCGGGCUUCUUUUCGCCGAGGACUUUUUCCCUAAUGGCUGGUUCGACAACGAGAGACUCGACGAGACGGACCGGUACCUGGAGGCGGGCUCCAAGACCGUGGAGAGACAGGAGCGCAUCCUCUGGAUCGGGCGCAGGAUCGCCAACGCAGGCAAGUGGUUGACGUGGGACGCCGAGGCUCGCCAGUUUGGCGUGACCUCGAAGUAUGAUGUUGAGCUGGAUGGGCUGCCUGACGAGACGCGGGGCGCAGGCGGCCUCAUCGCUGUCGACCCCGGACCCGCGCCGCUGGAAAUGGAGGUCGACGACGAAAGAGGCACCUGA